UUACAAAGAAAAUUAAUAUUCAAGUGGCAGAAAUUGAACGAAGCGUAACGAAAUAGAAAACAACAAAGGAUCCGUUCAUCCGAUAAUUACACAUUACAUUAACCAAUCAACCCGACAAAAAUUACGCGUUGCGUAUCGAAUGGUUAAUUAUCGCUUAUAUCUUCCAGAAUAGUUUAUAAAAAUUUAAUUUAUUUUAAUAUUUUUAAUCAAAAUAUUAAUUAAUAUAUAAAAUAUCGUACGGUUAUUCGAAAUAAUUUUUGUUCGCGGUGGUUGUUGAUCUAGUAACACCCGUCUCCUAGCAACAAUCGUCAAAGCAGUUAAAAGAGUUCGAUUCGGACAGAUGAGAGGAUAUUUGAACUGCUUCAAAUGAAGCUUAAUAUGUUUUAUACAAGUAAUGUAAGUUCAUAUGGCUACGAAGAAAGAUUCGAAGCAUCCGUCUGACUCCAACGAAAGUCUCGAUCAACCUUCGACUAGCAACAUACAGACUAAUAUAACGGAAGCCAAAUGGAUCAAAGUUUAUCUUAACGGAGACGAAUACUUCCCGGGAAUUAAAUGUGUCAUUAACAAUAAGUAUCAUCGUAAUUUCGACGUCUUCCUCAAUUAUAUAACUCAACGUUUGCAACCGAGUUUCGGAGCCGUGCGUAACAUUUACAGUCCCGUUAGUGGUCAUCGAGUGACCAACUUGAGGGAUCUCCUCCCGAAUCACGGAUAUGUGGCCGCUGGAGGUGAGAGGUUUAAGAGGAUCGAAGCGGGUUACGCACAAAAUAAGAAUAUCAAAAAGGUGAUUACUCGUAAACCAGCUUCAAAGAUUAGGCCCACGUAUCGUAAUCAUCUUAAAUCUUCAUCAAAUAACCGUAGAUCAUCAAUAGCAGAAGUUACCGUAAUAUUCGUAUUUAGAAAUGGAGAUGAUGUUAUGCCACCUUCAAAAUUUGUAUUCAGAAAACGCGAUUUGAUGAAUUGGGAGAAAAUUCUAGAGACGAUAGGGAAAAAAGUUCAGUUAUUAACAGGAUACGUAAAAAAAUUAUGUACUCUAGAAGGUAAAGAUGUUAAAGGUCCUGAAGAAUUGACUAAUAAACACAGUUACGUGGCAAUUGGAGUAAAUGAACAUUUUAAAUUUGGAAAAUAUAAUACACAAAAAUCGGUUCCUUCUCAAAAAACAUUAACGUAUCAGAACAGAAUAUUAUCCAGUUCCGAAACGCGAAAAAAAUCUGAAACUGAAACAAAAUCUGAUCUUGAUCUUACAGAAAAUGAUAACGAAGAGACUGUUGAAGAUAAUAUUUCUACAAAUUUCGUCGAAAAUAAUGAUGAAAAAACUGUUUUAAAAGGAACUUUUCAAAAUCUUGAACGAAUGAAUGAGGAGGAGUCUAAAGAAAAGAUGAACAAACUAUCAAAUGGUAUUGAGGGAUAUUUUUAUGGACCGGGUGAUGGAAUUUUUAAGACUCAACAACGAAGAAUGCUAAGCACUAUCACCGAAAUAAAUUUAGACGAAGAUCAAGGUGGAUUAUUUCGUGCUAGCGAAAGGUCAGAAAUAACGAAUGGAGCUAAGGAAAUUCAAGAUAGCGCUGAUACUUUAGUGGAUUUUCCGGAAGAUGAAGUGCAAGCCGAAGAAAUUGAUGUCAGGUAUCAGAACAGAAUAUUAUCCAGUUCCGAAACGCGAAAAAAAUCUGAAACUGAAACAAAAUCUGAUCUUGAUCUUACAGAAAAUGAUAACGAAGAGACUGUUGAAGAUAAUAUUUCUACAAAUUUCGUCGAAAAUAAUGAUGAAAAAACUGUUUUAAAAGGAACUUUUCAAAAUCUUGAACGAAUGAAUGAGGAGGAGUCUAAAGAAAAGAUGAACAAACUAUCAAAUGGUAUUGAGGGAUAUUUUUAUGGACCGGGUGAUGGAAUUUUUAAGACUCAACAACGAAGAAUGCUAAGCACUAUCACCGAAAUAAAUUUAGACGAAGAUCAAGGUGGAUUAUUUCGUGCUAGCGAAAGGUCAGAAAUAACGAAUGGAGCUAAGGAAAUUCAAGAUAGCGCUGAUACUUUAGUGGAUUUUCCGGAAGAUGAAGUGCAAGCCGAAGAAAUUGAUGAUGAGAUUACGCCAGAAAUGGAACGAGCAAUGCAAGACCUGGACUUGGAAGAUUCUCAACAAAUUGUAGCAUUUGUUCCUUCAUUGCCAAAUAAAACUUCUGUAACUCCUACGAAACAGCUAAUGAGAACAAAUACAGAAUUGCAUUCCCGUCUCCAAAAUACUUUUGUAUAGAUCAACCACAUAAGUUAUUCAAUCCUAUCAUUUUCUGCAACGAAUGAUUCGUACUAUUCAUUGAGGAGAUUAUUAAGUGUUCAUGUACAUUUUCUUUAUUGUUAUUUAUAAAUAUAGCGCUUUCCACAGAUUGUUAUAUUGUAUAGGGGGAUAAAAAUGUCCUACUACACAAUCUGAACAACGAAUUGGCUGAAUGAUACCAAAAUCUAAUUGGCAUCAUUCGAUGGACGUUAUUUAACAAAUUUUCAUUCUUUCAAAUAUUUAUUUCCUUUUUAUAUUCUAUAUUUUAUCGUUAAUAAAUCAAAAUUUUUAUCUUGGAUAUGUAAAAAUUUAUAUACGAAAUUUGUGCUGUAUUUUGCUCAAUACAACUAAAUAUUAAUUUCUUAUUUGCCUGUUAUUUAGAAAAAUUACAGUAAUUUUGUUUUAUUAUUAUUAUAUUAUUCAAUAUUAAAAAAUACUUU